UAUUUGGAAACCUUGGGACCCUCUUCGCCAACUUCUGAUUAGAUGUGUGUCUGGAUCAUGUGUUAAAAUUUUCAAUAAACCUGUUGCAAACUGCACAAGAAGACACCUACAUGACUUCUAUGCUAAUGACAUUUUUAUACUACAUACUUAUAAUAAUGCAGCAACUAGACAAAGAUAUCUUCAAUUACAAAUUCAUUCAACUUGUAAAAAUGGUACAGCUGUAUAUAAGGCAGCCAUUAUCAGACUAAACUUGGGGGUUUUCAGCAAUCUGAGCAUGCAUAUCCCAUUGCAGAUAUCACUAACGAAUGUGCAUGAUGUCUUUCUCAGUUAUUAUUUCAGCACUAGUCUGCGCAUUAGUGGCGAGUAGUAUGGCCUCAGAUAUCAAAUCCGCUAAUCCUUCAGCAGAGGCGCGAGCUCUUCUGGAGAGUGGAUGGUGGGGAAAAUACAGUACCCCUGUAAAUACCUAUCAGAGUCACUGUACAUGGCAAGGCAUCAUCUGCAAUGGCGCAGGGAGCGUCACUAGUAUAGAUUUGAGUGGCCUCUAUGUAGGACUUGAGCUUCGUAAUCUCAACUUUUCAUCUCUUACAAGCCUUGAGAGCCUAAAUCUCCGGUCCUGUAGCCUCAAUGGGAGCUCCCUCAGUUAUCUAACUGGUACCCUUGCGAGACUCACCUAUCUUGAUCUCUCACAGAAUCUUCUCACAGGUCAGCUACUAAUUUCCUUGACUAAUCUCACUCAGUUAACACGGCUUGACGUUUCUGAUAAUUAUCUUAGUGGUUCUAUCCCCUCGCAGAUGGGAUAUUAUCUCAAGAAUCUUGCCUUUUUAGACCUUGGUCGAAACAAUUUUGUUGGCCAAAUUCCUUCAUCUUUUGGAUCAUUGAUCCGUUUGACACAUCUUCAUAUUGAUGGAAACGCGAUUACAGGUCCAAUUCCAACUACUUUGGUGCUUUUAAAUGGUAGUUUGGCUAAUUUAGACCUUGGAGACAAUCAACUCAAAGGUCUCAUCCCCUUCGAAAUAGGAAACAUGACUAAGUUGGUUAGUCUUGUUCUUAGGAGAAAUAAUCUCACCGGGCCAAUCCCUGCAACAUUAGGUUCCCUGGCAAAGCUUAACUACGUGGACAUCAGUUCCAAUCCAUUCAAUUGCACUUUACCAUCAGAGCUAGGUAGUUUAAAAAGUCUUGGGGUGUUAAGGCUUAGUCGUAGUCUAUUUUAUGGUUCAGUCCCUCGGACUCUGGGUAAUCUCACCAAUCUGACACUUCUAGAUCUUGCUUACAAUCAGUUACAAGGCUUCAUUCCUCCUGAACUAGGUAGCCUGAACAAUAUUGUAAGUUUGAGUUUAAAUGGUAAUAGGCUUUAUGGUCCAAUUCCUCCUUCUUUAGGUCGCUUAUUAAAGGUAACAUACUUGGAACUUGGAAGGAACAAGCUGAAUGGAUCGAUUCCUCAAGCGCUUAUGCAGUUAACAAAGUUAAAAUUUUUAAGUCUCACAAGUAACAAGCUUGUUGGUGCAAUUCCUCCCUCCAUUGAGAAUUUAAGCAGUCUGAACUUUCUUAACCUUUCCUCGAAUCAGUUUGAUGGUCUGUUACCGCCUGAAAUUGGCAUGCUUUCCAAUCUCCGGACACUUAUUUUACACACAAACCAACUUUCAGGAUACAUACCAGUUUUCAGAUAUUGUAACUUCCAAUAUCUAGACCUGUCCAAGAAUCAGUUCAACGGAACUAUACCAGAUGCACUUGGAUUGUGCAACUCUAUGAUUCACUUAGCUUUAGAUAGUAACAAGUUGAGUGGAUCCAUACCUAAGAAACUUGAGAAUUUGACGCAGUUGCAGUUUCUCAACCUCUCGUCAAAUGAGCUAUAUGGCACAGUUCCUGCCUGUCUUUGCUACUUGUGCCAGGAAUCCUCAUUUGACUUCUCCCAUAAUGCUUUGGACUUUGUAAAUACCUGUCAAAAGAAUUUUACAAACAUCCAAGGUAACAGUGAACUCGGAGAACACAAGAAGGGAAAGAAAAAUCUGAAGACUCUCUACAUUGUUCUUCCUAUCUCUCUUUCCAUCACAUUCGCAGUGCUUGCUCUGGUAUUAAUUUGCUGGCGCAGGUUUGCGAGAAACCAAAGUGAGGGCCUUGACAUGAAAAAUGGAGAUGUAUUUUCAGUGUGGAAUUUUGAUGGAAACAUUGCAUACAAGGACAUCAUCAAAGCGACAAAUGAAUUUGAUCUGAGAUAUUGCAUUGGAACUGGUGGCUAUGGCAGUGUAUAUGCAGCAAGGUUGCCAAAUGGAAAAGUAGUUGCUGUCAAAAAACUUCACCGGAUAGAAGCUGAGGACCAAGCUUUUGGCAAGAGUUUCAGGAAUGAGGUGGAAGUAUUAUUGAAUAUAAUGCAUAAGAAUAUUGUGAAACUACAUGGAUUUUGCUUGCACAACCAAUGCAUGUUUUUAAUCUAUGAGUACAUGGAAAACGGGAGCUUAUUUUGUGCUUUGAGAGACGAUGCUGAAGCCAUCAAAUUAGAUUGGAAUAAAAGGGUGGAUAUUGUUAAAGGGAUAGCCAUGGCAUUAUCAUAUAUGCAUCAUGACUGUCCUCUGCCUCUGGUUCACCGCGAUAUAUCAAGCAAUAACAUCUUGUUGAACUCCAAACUGGAGGCGUUUGUCGCUGACUUUGGAGCAGCAAGAUUGCUGUGCCCUGAUUCUUCCAAUCAAACCAUACUUGCAGGCACUUGUGGCUACAUCGCUCCAGAGCUUGCAUACACCAUGCAGAUAAAUGAAAAAUGUGAUGUAUAUAGCUUCGGGGUCGUGGCACUGGAAACUAUGAUGGGAAGGCAUCCAGGAGAGCUUCUGUCAACUCUAGAGUCUUCCCAGCCUGCUCGGAGAAAUAUUUCACUAGAAGUGCUGGACUCGCGCCUUCCCCAUCCGACAAAUGAGCAAGAACAAGACAUCCUUUUGGUUCUCAAUCUAGCAUCAGCUUGUCUGUCUUCAGACCAGAAGCUUAGGCCAACAAUGCUAGCUGUAUCUCGAGAGUUUUUAACAGCAAAAGGCCACAGUUCAGUUACCAGAUUUGUUAAGAAUACAGAGAAUUCUCCGGGGCAGUGUGACAAUUGGGAAAACAUAUGUAGUGAAAGUGUUGCAAGCAACGAAUGUCUAAUUUGUUUGGACGAAUAAAUUUUACAAAAUAUUUUAGCAUCAGUCAUGUGAAAGUCUCAGUUUUAUCAAGUGUAAAUAAGGAAGUGUCAGUGACUUUUUAUCACUGUAUAAAAUAGCCCAUAUGUUAGCGCAAGUUACUUAUUCGAUGCCAGAUCAUAUAAUGGUGUAGCGUUGUUCUGAAUUUUAUUUGUAACCAGCUCAUAUGCAAUGAAAAUGUUAAGUAUUGGUUCA